GUUCCCUAGCUGUUUCCUUUGACGUCACUUCCGGAAGGAGCCGGGGUGAGGCUGGCUGUUGGGCUGGGCCGUCAUUCUGCGAGGAGUCUGUCAAGGGAAGAGGAGGAGGAUGGACACUCUGGGCAGGAAGGUGGUCGUCUGCGACAACGGCACCGGGUUUGUGAAAUGUGGAUAUGCAGGCUCCAACUUUCCAGAGCACAUUUUCCCAGCGUUGGUCGGAAGACCAAUUAUUCGCUCAACUGCAAAAGUGGGAAACAUUGAAAUCAAGGAUCUUAUGGUUGGAGAUGAAGCAAGUGAGCUGCGGUCAAUGUUGGAAGUUAACUAUCCCAUGGAGAAUGGCAUUGUCCGUAAUUGGGAUGAUAUGAAACAUCUUUGGGACUACACUUUUGGACCAGAAAAACUUAACAUUGAUACAAAGAACUGUAAAAUUCUUCUCACAGAACCUCCUAUGAAUCCAACAAAGAACAGGGAAAAGAUUGUAGAGGUAAUGUUUGAAACAUAUCAGUUUUCUGGGGUCUACGUAGCCAUUCAAGCAGUUCUCACUCUGUACGCUCAAGGUUUACUGACUGGUGUAGUUGUGGAUUCUGGAGAUGGCGUUACUCAUAUUUGUCCAGUCUAUGAAGGCUUCUCUCUUCCUCAUCUCACCAGGAGACUAGAUAUUGCAGGUAGAGAUAUUACCAGAUACCUCAUCAAGCUGCUUUUAUUACGAGGCUAUGCCUUCAACCAUUCUGCUGAUUUUGAGACUGUUCGUAUGAUUAAAGAAAAGCUUUGCUACGUGGGCUACAACAUAGAACAAGAGCAAAAGCUGGCUUUGGAAACCACUGUGCUAGUUGAGUCUUACACACUCCCAGAUGGCAGAAUUAUUAAAGUUGGUGGUGAACGGUUUGAAGCACCAGAGGCUCUCUUCCAGCCACAUUUGAUCAAUGUGGAAGGGGUUGGUGUUGCUGAGCUUCUUUUCAAUACCAUCCAGGCUGCUGAUAUAGACACCAGAUCUGAGUUCUAUAAGCAUAUUGUGUUAUCUGGAGGUUCCACUAUGUAUCCUGGGCUGCCUUCACGACUGGAACGUGAACUUAAACAGCUUUACCUAGAAAGGGUCCUGAAAGGUGAUGUCGAAAAACUUUCAAAAUUUAAGAUUCGUAUUGAAGAUCCGCCUCGUCGAAAGCACAUGGUGUUCCUCGGUGGUGCAGUUCUUGCUGAUAUCAUGAAAGACAAAGACAACUUCUGGAUGACCAGACAAGAAUACCAAGAGAAGGGAGUGCGUGUUCUUGAGAAACUUGGUGUGACAGUUCGAUAAACUCAAACUUAUUCCCAUCAUAACUUUGAUGCUCUUGUUCGUUUAUUGCCAACAUUUGAAUUCAUGCAGCUACAUGACAUUGAAAGGCCUUGUCUCUGUCCUUUGACCUAAAAGCCAGGUUUUGUUCUGGUUCCCUUUGUUUAGGUAUUUGAUAAUGUAGCUGUAUUUGACUACUUAAUUGGACCACUUCUUUGCAGACAAAACAAGGGCAACAGUGGCCUGUUUACUGCAUUGUUCCUUCCCAGUGGGCAGUUGAGUAAUUCCACUAAGCUUUUUUCUUCUUGCUUUAUUGCUGUAAUGCUGUUGGCUUUUGUCUGUAGCUCAUGAGAGGAGUCCCUUUUUUAGCAUGAGAGGAUAUUUGGACAAAAAUUCUUUACUACCAUGUGGCUGUUGUGAUUUAUCUUUACAUCGUUCUGCCUUUAUCCUGUACUGUUCAGUAUCUUAAUAUUUUUCUGAGAACUCAGAAAUUAGGUCAAACUGCUAGCUUAUUUUUUAAUACUAUUUCAGAGUAUUUUGGAUUCCAUUUAAAAAUGGGAUUCUAAAAGUCUGCAUAAUUGGGAAUUGGCUGUGAUGAAUCUCUGAACCAAGCAGCAAAGUUGAGAGGAAACUGCUAUAUUACUUUUCCCCAGAGAGCAGCAGCUUGGUAUGGCUCAUGCUCCAGGUCUGAAUCUCCUUCUUUUGUGUGUAAUAAAUGUAUAUUUCUUGUUUUAUGAUUUAGCAGUAGAUAGUCUUUUCUCUUAUGAAAUGCACACAGAUAAUUUCUUCCAGUAUUUUUCUUUUCAUUUGGGUACCAUAUUUUCUUUCACUGCCAUUGGGUUUAAGAGGGUUUUUUAUGGGCAAUAUUAGAAUGUCAUCUGGGACUGGAUUUCCUGGAUAUAAUCUAUUCAAAGGAAUAUGUUUAAAAAAUGUCUGAACUGUAAUUACUGGUACAACAUUACAAAAAUUGAACUAUAUUAAAUUUUGAACAUACCAUAACUCAGUGCCAAGUAAUUAUUGGAUUUUUUUAAAUAUAACUGUUCCAUGUUAUUUAAAAAUACCCAGAUAUUUAUAUAUGGAAUUGUUCGUAGGUUGUGAAACCUAUAAUUUGUAGCAGUUAAAAAAUAAUAAUGUUGGAAUGUAGGCCUUGCUAAUAACUGGUAAAUACCCAAUUUACCUGUUCAAUUGUGACUUUGGGAUGAGGAGAAAUAAAGCAAGUAUAAGAAAUACUAUUCUAUUAAA